AUGGAUGGAGGGGUGGUAGGUAAAUUGCAAGCAGACCCAAACUUUGGCGACCGACUGGCUACCGAGCCCCGUCGCCACUGCGGUAGCCAAGCCACUGGCUACCCAUAUUGGCGACGCUGCGUUGUAGCAUAUGGAGCUUAUUACACUAGGUCGCCAGUAUCAUCACGUCACCACUCGGAAGUGGCAUUCAGAGAGUUUGAGUCAGCUUGUGAGCAGAGCCCAACAUGUGCCGCACUGAAGGGUCUUGAGAGAUUCAAGUGUGUGAGAGAAUGCAUAUCACCUACCUGCUACCAUCACAUCUACUACAAGGAUCAGAUUGAAGAAGGUGAAAUAGACGUCCGUCUGAACUCAUUCAAGGGCUGCUUCAUUCAGAGGACAGGAAGGACUCGUUAAACGUCAGCUUCAGAAGCAGUUUUUGACUCGAGACUUCAUCUGUGGCUUCCAUACCUCUGGCAGUGGUUUUGGGCUGAUAAGUCAGUGAGAGGCCAGCAGGGAGAAAACUACUCAAGCUGCAGUAUUAUAAUGCUCUUCCUUCACUGAUUAAAUAUGCAAAUAAAUAUAGAUGGCACUUUAAUAACAACAGAGAAGCAUAUAUUCCAUUGCACACUUGUCUAUUAGUAUUAGUCAAGAAACAUUCAUAAGCUAACAGCUUUUAAAGUUAGUUUUUAAAAGCGUUGUAAUUAAUAAACUUUAAUUGUUCAUCAAACUACUCAUCAACCAAAACGUUUAUAGUUUGUUAAGGGAAAAAUAGUUUUGAUGACUUAAACUGGCAAAAAAAAAACUUGUAGAAGUCCCAUUAAUUUGUGCAGAUAUUCACUUAACUCUCGUAGUAGAACUCAUAUUUCUGAAUGCUUUUGCAGUAAUUUAGUAAAACACAAUAACAAUGAUUGACUACGCUACAUCACAGAGAAGUAAGGUACAAGAAAAACUUGCUCAUAGGACAACUGUGCACUUUCAGUUCUAGUACGAUGUGCCGGAAAUAUACACUUGUGACAAGCAAGGAGAAAGAGCCCGAGCAGCGAGCACUGUGAGGAAUUUCUUAUUGCAAAAAGGGUUCUCCACCAUGAGCGUUGUAGGACAAGAGGAUGAGGGCAGGGGGGGGGUAUUGGACUUUGCCAUAGACACCAGUGACUAAUGCUAGUCACCAUAAGUGUACCAUUGAGUGGUUCCUCUGUACAUUACUUCUCUGUGGCUACAUUCAAGUUGAACUUCAAUAUAAACUGUUAUAAAGUAACAUGAUUUUACGUAUUACUUUU